AUGAGUACUAGUCGCGUUGAGGAACCGUCCAAACCAACCGAGUCGGCCGACCGUAACAUGGUGACAGCUGGUGGCGGUUCGACGCUCAAGAUGGACGACGCGGAUAGUAAAUCCGAAGCGGCUAGCAGUACCAUGGGAGCACUCUUAAAGGAUGAAGAAUCCUACAAGAAAGAGCUCACGAAAAGGAGAGUCCUACGAGGCAGAUUGAGAGGCAAAAUUCAGAAGGUCCAAGCGGCGAUGGAAUGCAUCAUCGUACCAGAGGACCAGGAGACCACUGAAGAGCUGGCGACAUUAGAGAUACAGGAGAGUCUUCUGCACGAUCAACUUCGAAGAGCAGAGAAAGAUAUCGCGGAGUUACAGGAGCUGAGACAGGGAGUGGUGUCCGAAUUGGGGAAGGAAGAACAUCGCUCUAGGGCAUCGCGAUCGGUUUUUUCUUAUGACGAUCGUGAUGGUACCUCUACUUCGGAGGUCUACUUGCCUACGGUAUCAGGAAAGGAGAAGUUUCAUCAGUCCGAAGACGAGAUCAAACCAAGAACUGAGAAUGCGGACCGCAAGGACAACUGCGGAACGAGAGACUCAAGGACAGUCCCAG